GCCCGGGGCCUGGGCGCCGCCGCGGGCGGGGCGCGAAGGGGUUAAAGAGGCGGCGGAGGCGCGGCGGCGGCUCUUCGGGGAAACCCACCGGGGCGCGCGGAGGCGGGAGCGGCCGUGGGCUGCGGGGCCCGGCGCCGCGCCGGGCGGGGGCGCGGCCAAUCGGGCGGCGGGCCCGGCGCGCGCGGAGCCAGGCGAUAUGGAGGGAGGCGCGGCGGCCGGCUGCCCCUGACGCGCCGCUCCGAGCCGGUGGUCGGCCAGCCCGCGCCGCCCGGGGCCCUGCGGCGCGGAGAUGAGCAGGUCGGCGGCGCUCCUGCUCUGCCUGCUGGGCUGCAACGUCUGGAAGGCGGUGACCAAGACGCUGCGGGAACCCGGCGCCGGAGCCCAAGAGGUCACCCUGAAGGUCCACAUCAGUGACGCCAGCACCCAUCAGCCUGUCCCCGAUGCCCUCAUUGAGAUUUUCACCAACCAGGUCUCCAUCGCCUCUGGCACCUCGGGGACAGAUGGCGUCGCCUUCCUCAAAUUCCAGUAUAAGCUGGGCAGUCAGCUGAUUGUCACCGCCACAAAGCAUGCCUACGUGCCAAACUCUGCCCCGUGGAAGCCAAUCCGGUUACCCGUGUUUUCUUCACUGAGCCUGGGCCUGCUUCCAGAACGAUCUGCUACUCUGAUGGUGUAUGAAGAUGUUGUCCAAAUAGUCUCAGGAUUCCAAGGUGCCCGGCCUCAGCCUCGCGUGCAUUUCCAGAGGAGAGCUCUGCGGCUGCCCGAGAACACCAGCUACAGUGACCUGACAGCCUUUCUCACGGCCGCCGGCUCCCCCUCGGAGGUGGACAGCUUUCCUUAUUUGCGGGGAUUAGAUGGAAACGGAACAGGAAACGGCACCAGGUACGACCUGACCCCCGUCACAGCCGUCAGCGUCCACUUGCUCAGCAAUGACGGAACGCCGGUGCUGGUGGAUGGCCCCAUUUAUGUCACCGUGCCCCUGGCCACACAGAGCAGUCUGAGGCACAAUGCCUAUGUCACAGCGUGGCGGUUUGACCAGAAGCUAGGAACGUGGCUGAAGAGUGGUCUCGGCCUCGUGCACCAGGAAGGAAGCCAGCUGACGUGGACAUAUAUCGCCCCUCAGUUGGGGUACUGGGUGGCAGCCAUGUCUCCUCCCAACCCAGGUCCCGUUGUCACACAGGACAUCGCCACGUAUCACACGGUGUUUCUUUUGGCCAUCUUGGGAGGAAUGGCUUUCAUUCUUUUGGUUUUGCUGUGUCUCCUUUUAUAUUAUUGCAGGCGGAAGUGCUUGAAACCCCGCCAGCACCAUAGAAAACUGCAACUUCCUGCCACCCUGGAGAGUUCCAAAAGGGAUCAGUCAACUUCCAUGUCACACAUCAACCUGCUGUUUUCUCGGCGGGAAUCAGAAUUCCCUGGCCCGCUCUCCGUCACCAGCCAGGGCCGCCCCCCGGACGCCCCAGGCUCAAAGGAGUUGAUGAGCGGAGUCCAUUUAGAGAUGAUGUCUUCCAGCGGGGAGGUGGACAUGCACACGCCCAUGCUGAAGCUCUCCUACAGCACCUCGCAGGAGUUCAGCUCUCGGGAGGAACUCCUGUCUCACAAGGAGGAGGAUAAAAGCCAAAUCUCCUUUGACAACCUGACACCGAGUGGGACGUUGGGAAAAGACUACCGUAAGUCGGUGGAGAUGUUCCCCUUAAAGGCCAGGAAAUCUGUGGAAAGGGAAGGCUAUGAGUCCCCCGGCAACAGUGACUACAGGAGGAAUUACAAUGCCAUGCUCUCGCAGCCUUUAUUUGAAAAGCAAGACAGAGACUGUCAGGCCUCCGUGACCCACAUUUCCACAGGAAGUAAGCUCACCAUUCAGGAACACAUGUACCCCGCGCCUUCAUCUCCGGAGAAAGACCAGCUGAUGGAGCGCAGACCUACUGAAUGUAUGAUGUCGCGAUCGGUAGACCACCUGGAGAGACCUACCUCUUUCCCGCGGCCCGGCCAGCUGAUCUGCUGUAGUUCCGUGGACCAGGUCAAUGACAGCGUUUACAGGAAAGUAUUACCUGCCUUGGUCAUCCCGGCUCAUUACAUGAAACUCCCAGGGGACCAUUCGUAUGUGGGCCAGCCCUUGGUCGUCCCAGCCGACCAGCAGCUCGAGAUCGAAAGACUGCAGGCCGAGCUCUCCAGCCCUCACGCGGGGAUCUUCCCACACGCCUCCUCACAGAUCCAGGCCCAGCCCUUAUCUUGCCAGGCCAUCUCGCAGCAGCACCUGCAGGACGCGGGCACCCGGGAGUGGACCCCGCAGAAUGCGUCCAUGUCCGAGUCCCUCUCCAUCCCGGCAUCCCUGAACGACGCGGCCUUGGCUCAGAUGAACAGCGAGGUCCAGCUCCUGACCGAAAAGGCGCUGUUGGAACUUGGGGGUGGGAAGCCCCUUCCCCACCCCCGGGCCUGGUUCGUCUCCCUGGACGGCCGGUCCAAUGCACACGUCAGACAUUCCUACAUUGAUCUCCAAAGAGCUGGGAGGAACGGAAGCAAUGAUGCCAGUUUGGAUUCUGGCGUGGAUAUGAAUGAACCCAAAUCUGCCCGGAAGGGAAGAGGAGACCCGUUGCCUCUGCCGCAGAACCACCCACCGGUCCCGGAGCACGCGCAGAAAGAGCCGCGGGCCGCGGACAGCUCGGCCUACACGCAGCUCGUGUACCUGGACGACACGGACCAGAGCGGCAGCGAGGGCGGCACCGCGGUCGGGACGCCCGAGGACAGCGCCCUGCGGUGCCUGCUGGACGGCUCCAGCCGGAGAAGCGGCGGCCAGCUGCCCAGCCUGCAGGAGGAGACGACGAAACGAACCUCGGACGUCCCCCCGGCGCCAUCGGCCAGUCCCGACAAGAGGCGAUCGGCUCAGGAGGACGAGGACGAGGACGACGAUGACGACGACGACCAGGGAGAAGGCAAGAAGAGCCCGUGGCAGAAGCGGGAGGAGCGACCCCUGAUGGCGUUCAACAUCAAAUGAGCGGCCCCGAGCCGCCCAACAGGGGACUCGAAUCCAGUUGCCAAAAAUUCUGUCUCACGGAAGCGCUGAGCUGCUUGCGGAGGGAGUUGAACCACGUCCUCCGUGGGAAGUGGACUUUUUUUUGAAAGUACCGUUUGCUGUCAAAGUGUUAGGAAGUAAAGUUCUUACUCAGAAGGAAGAAUGCGUCGCCUCCAGGGAGAUGGCCGAACGGAGUGUCUGAAUGUCCGCGUCGUUCCCCGUACUUGACGUGUCCACCCCCGAGGGCACCAAAGAACCACACGUGAUGUCGCUGGGUUCUGAUGAUAACCUCAGUUCUCCCGCAGAUUCUGGGAACAGAUGAAACUCUUUUUGCAUUGCUUGAAUCCAUUCUAUCACAAUAAUGCUCCUGUGAAGUUAUUAUUGAGAAAUUAGCUUGGCACUUAGUGUCUGGAGGUAUGCAUUAUCUCAAAGGAAAACUAUGCAUCGCUGCUUCGUGGUCUUACUUUGCUUAGAUUGUUGCUUUGGCUAGGUUUCGUUUCCGAUUUGCUUUUGUUAAACACACACACACACACACACACACGCACACACACACACACACAAUUUGGUUGUAAGGAAUUUAUUCCUUCGUUUUCACCUGCUCUGCUUCCCGGUGGUUUAUUUCGGUAUCUCCUUUCAGGAACUCCUGAGUGUCGCCUCUGAACAUCCAAGCCUCUUAAUGAAAUCGUGCUGAAGUUUUUAUCAGCUGCCAGUUCUUCACUUCUGGUCCCAUUAACUCCAAGUGCCUUUUUUACAGUGACAACAGACAGUCCCUUACUUUGCUUUUUUUUUUUCGUUUGUUUUUCUUAACUUCUUUCAUUGAACUGCCUGGAUUUUAUAAAGUUAUGAAACGAUCCCCCUUUUCUUUCAACUGCAUGCCGCCAAGUGCCCAUUCGUGCUCCGAAUUCUCAUUUCAGCUCGGUGUAUUCUCUCGUUCUCACGUGUGACGUGGAUUCUGUUUAGCUAAGCUAGCCUAGAGGACACUUUAGCGAUCCCCUUCCCUCCGCCAUCCUUUUGGCCACUAGGCACCAUUAUGGUUUUAUUGGCUGUUUGUAUAUACGGUUACGUAUUAACUCUGGAAUCCUAUGGGCUGAUCUUGCUCUCCAAACGCGGAGUAUGGGCUGAGCAAGUAGACUGAAUGUGACUAUUAAACAAAUCUUAUGUACUAUCCGAAAGUGCCAGAAUGACUCUUCUGUGCAUUCUCCUUAAAGAGCUGCUUGGUUAUCCAAAAAUGAAAACUCAGAAUAAACUCUUAAA